AUGGCCAGGAAGACAUUUAUUCCACUAGAGAACAAUCCCGAGGUCAUGACCCAGUUGGCCCAUAAAUUGGGAUUGUCUCCCGCUCUCUCCUUCCAAGAUGCCUACAGUCUGACGGAUCCUGACCUCGUUGCUCUUCUUCCCCGUCCUGCCAGCGCUCUCUUGUUCAUCUAUCCUGAAACUGAAACGUCAAAGGCAUUUCAAGCCAAGCAGAAUGAGGUGGAGCCAGACUAUGAUGGAUCGGGCCCUGAAGAGCCCGUCAUGUUCUACCGCCAAAUCAUCCAGCAUGCUUGCGGUCUGAUCGGUCUCCUUCACUGCAUCACAAAUGGUGCUGCGGCCGAUUUUAUUCAGGAAGGUAGUGAUCUCGACAAACUGGUCCAAGACAUUACGCCCCUUAAACCGACCGAGAGGGCUCAAUUUCUUCAUGACUCCGAUCUGUUGGAGGAGGCCCACGCAGCAGCAGCUCAAACCGGGGACACCACCGCUCCACCAUUGGGAGAAGAUCCCAAUCACGCCUUCAUCGCGUUCGUCAAAGGUAAAGAUGGCCGUCUGUGGGAACUGGAAGGGAGCAGGAAGGGGCCAGUGGAUCGAGGGCAGCUCAGUGACGAUGAGGAUGUUUUGAGCGAGAAGGCGCUGAAUAUGGGACCGCUACCAUUCUUGAAGCGUGAAGAGGUAGCUGGAAAUGGGGUGUUGCGAUUCAGCUGCACCGUUCUCGGUCCGAGCAUGGACAUCUGA